UGGUUUUAGUUUGGACGCUUACAAACAGACGCUGUACAACUGUCCGGUUGCUGCUUUUAUUUCACCCUCUUCGAAUAAAAAUGUCGGUGCUUUGUGUCGCUUUGAUCCGAAAUGCUUUGACCGUCAGGAACUCUGGCAUUGUGGUGACGGUGCGCUAUGCCCAGACCAUGGCUUCACCUGCUCCUGAACCCAGGAUGAAGAAGUUCCAGAUUUACCGCUGGGAUCCAGACACUGCUGGAGACAAACCCCGUAUGCAGACAUAUGAAGUUGACCUUAACACCUGUGGUCCAAUGGUUCUGGAUGCUCUCAUCAAAAUCAAGAAUGAGAUGGACCCUACCCUUACAUUCAGACGUUCCUGCCGUGAGGGUAUUUGUGGCUCAUGUGCCAUGAACAUCAACGGCGGCAAUACACUGGCAUGCCUCAACAAAAUUGACAGCAACACGAACAAAGCCACCAAAAUUUACCCGCUCCCACAUAUGUAUGUAGUCAAGGAUCUUGUACCUGACAUGAGCAACUUUUACGCGCAGUAUAAAUCCAUUGAGCCCUACCUAAAAAAGAAAGAUGAAUCUCAAGAAGGAAAGGACCAGUAUUAUCAGUCAGUUGGGGACAGGCAGAAACUGGAUGGCUUAUAUGAGUGCAUCCUGUGUGCAUGCUGCAGCACCAGUUGUCCCAGCUACUGGUGGAAUGGGGACAAAUACCUCGGACCUGCUGUUCUCAUGCAGGCAUACCGGUGGAUGAUAGAUUCCAGAGAUGACUUCACUGAGGAGCGACUGUCAAAACUUCAGGACCCCUUCUCUCUAUACCGCUGCCACACAAUCAUGAAUUGCACAAAGACCUGCCCCAAGGGACUCAACCCGGGAAAGGCCAUCGCAGAGAUCAAGAAAAUGAUGGCGACUUACCAAGAGAAGAAAGCUGCUACAUCAUGAAGAGUCACGUGUUAACACAGCGCAAGAUCCUGAGUGAGGCAAACAAAAACAGCCAACUAGGAAUGUUUGCAAAUUUUACAGAACUGGACACUUUUAUUGUUGACCGUGCAACAAAACGGAAAACAUGUUUAUUGUCAUGUUUCUCUGCCAGUCACAAUGAAAAACAUAUUCAAUAGGGGAACUGAAGACAUUUGCGGUCAUUGCGGUCCAAGGUUGUGAAAUGUAUAGAAUCAAUGUUGUUUAGCAAACCAAAAAAGAUGGCUGAGUUAGCUGCGGUCAAAGUCGAAGUGAGCACAUCUUGCUGCUCGUGUUUUUAUUUGAAAAUGCCAGCCAUUGAUUUUUUUUCUCAAUAGUCAUCCACAAGAUGUGGGAGAUGUAUGGGCUCCACCUCAUCAUUACAUACUCCGCUAAUCUAUUACCUCAUUGACUGCCGUUGACAGUGACAGAUGUCCAAUCCUUUUGAACUGGGAGGUUUGACAGCGAAUGAUCCAUGUUUUCAAUAGCAUUCAUUGACAGCUGCAAUUAGCAGUGAUAGACGAACCAGUUGCUUUAACCUGUUUUCGGAUGCUCAUUGAACUCAUUGGCUGCCAUUGACAGUGCUAGACGUCCGAUCCAUUUUGACUGGGAAGGCAGUCAAAAUGGAUUGGACGUCUAGCGCUGUCAAUGGCAUCAAAAGAGUUAACUGUGAGGCCUGGCAGCGAAUGAUAAUUCAGGCAAUGACUUGUUCACCGGCUUGCCGUCAAUUGCCGCAAAUUAUUUAAUUGUUACGCUCGGACUAAAAAUCUAUUUGAGUCAUAGGAAAUAUGUGUAUUAGUAGUCCUUAUGGUAAUGUGUGAUUGUGGAAUGAAGAAUAUUGCAUAAAGUAAAAACACAGUAAACCUCAUGGGAAA